CAACAAUAUCUGGAAUGUCCGGAGCAUUCACUCGCCGUACACACACACACACACACAGAGAGAGAGAGAGACACUGGCACCGCUUAUUCUUCUCCUUUUAACUCUCUGCUGCUCUCAAAGAAUCCUCUCUGAAGCUUUCACUUUUAGUAUAUGACCCACUGUGUCCUCAAGCGUGUCUAUAUUCACCAACUCCUCCGAUUUCUGACCAAACAAGAGGAAAUAAUGUUUUCCCGUGGUGUAUUUGUGGCUCUUUCUUUUAUGGUGACUUUCCUGCGCACUGUCUCCAGCUGUGAUUAUAACUGUACAUAUAGACCUUACUUCAUCCCGUCCCGCCUGGUGGUGAAGCACGGUGACUCGACCUCCGCGGCGUGCCAUCUGUGCUCGUCUUGCCAGGACAAUAAGUUCAUGUUGGAAUUCCCUGCGGGAGAAGACAGCCGCAACGGGACCGUGAUUUCAUGGACGUCUCCGAAAAUGACUGAAUGGGGCAGAUCUGUUUUGUGUCACUAUAGUAUUACGGCUACUGACAAGAUGUGCUGCAGCGAGCUGCCUGUGACCGUUUACAAGCCUCCAGACAGUGUGUCAAUCGGCUUUGCAAAUCACUCUGGGCAGUUGUACGAGGCUCGUCAGUACACUCUACAGUGUAAAGUGCACAACGUUGGUCCUGUUCGAUAUGUCAAAGUGACCUUCUACAGAGGGAGCACGGUGCUUGAGCGACUACCGGCAAAGAACUCUGUUAAUGAAGCCCGCGAGAACGUGACCUACACUCUGAACGUCAACGCCAGUAAAGAAGAUGACGGCGUCCAGUACAGGUGUGAAGCCAAGCUGGAGCUGGGAUCUGAGGGACCACAGAAGCCUCCAAUGAUGACGUCACAAACCAUCACCGCCACCGUCCACUAUAAGCCUCAGCGACAGGACCCAACACCUCCAGAUCAGAUCACCGUCACACAAGGAGACACUCUCCAGAUGAACUGCACGGCUGAGGGAAACCCCCACCCCUCGUACAGCUGGAGGUUCCUGCCUGCGAGUCUCCCGCUCUCCAACAACAGCGUUCUCACCAUCAAGUCAGCGGCUUUUGCGCACCAAGGAAACUACACCUGUUCUGUCAGCAAUGGCGUGGGGACACUCGAUGUGAAUUUCAACGUAGUUGUCAAAGCAAACAUUAUCCCUUACAUUGCAAUAGCCACUGCCGUAGUUCUGGUUGUAAUAGUUGGAGGAGUCGUCCAUUGGUACAGACACAGCCGAAGAGGACAAUACAACCUGAGGGAUGUUUUUCAUCUAAAUAAACCACACAUCGCCGUGCCCACUGCAGAGUAAGACUGUGGGAAGGAAAUGUGCACAAACCAUCUGGAGCAGCUGUUUUUGAUGACACGCAGUGUUGAAGAUACUGUCCAAUAACAUACUACAAUGUCGGACUUAUGGCUUGACCCCCUUCCUGUCAUCUUUCUGCCGACGUCAUCUGAUGAAAUAAAAUGCCUCAUAUACUUAGAUUUCUCAAAAACAGGAAUUGAAGUCAUGCCUCAUCUUGUGCAAUCCAGGCACAUAAUGGAACAAGCUGCUUGUCCAAACACAAGUGCGGUGAUGCAUUUAUAUGUUUGCAUAAGUUGAAUGGCGCUCAACUUUAAGACAGACCUUCAUGACUCAAACUGCCGUCAAUGAAAUCCUUUUGUUAAAUUACAUAAUAAAUAGUGUGUUUGAGUGUUUUGUCAAGGACUCAAGGGUUAAGAAUCUGUACUUGUGAGUUAAAAGGCAAAUCCUGUGUAAAUGUGAAGUAAAUGUAAAGUACAUGCGACUUUCUCUGGCUACGUAUGCCACAUUAUCUUAUCUGAACUGAUCGUUUGUGUGACAAAUGGAAAAAUAUUGCACCAGUAAUGUGUCAGUAGUUGACGCGUUCAUGCCCCUUUGUUUCUAUUUCCUAUUCCCAUUUAGUAAUUUCCUAAAUUAGAUGAGCACAGUUGCUUUAAAAAAACAAAUUCACAGAAAUACUCUGUUGUUACAGAUUCUCAAAACAAAACUACCAUACUGUAUAAGGCCCGUUAAAAAAAGAAAAGUAUAAUAUGGUUUUUGUGGUACCAAACAUUUCAAAAGAAGUCAGUGCUACUGUACAUACACAUGUAAAUGUGGCCUCGACUUAAAUAAGCUCAUAGUUUUAGUCUUUUCAUGGAGGAAAUGUCGAUUAUCUCAAAGGUUUAUGCUUGAAUUGAUGUACUACCAUGAGAAUGCGUGUAGUUCAUAUACGUUUGUUGGAGAAAACAAUGUUUUUGUAGCGUCUGUUGACAUAUCUGAGUCUGACUGUCCUCAGUUUGGCUUGAAUUCCUAUAAUGUCAUUUCACUGUAUUUAGAACACUGUGUCACAUUUACAGAGAUGCAGGUUUUUUUUUAUUGCUGUUUCAGAUUAUUAAUGGUGAAUUAACUAUGUUGACACAGCACAUGGUUAUGAUUUAUAUGAAAAGUCAAAAGUCGAAGUAAUGCAUGAAUAUAGAGUGUCUCAAUGUAGCUGACUUUUCCUUUGCAAUAAGUUGAGGGGAGACAACUAUGAUCUUGAUGUUUUUUGUUUGAUCUUGUCACUGAAAAUAACAUUUAGAUCUUGUGCACUGAGUCUGACCUUGCGAUAACCCACGCUUCAUGUUCUGUGUGCAUGUGCAUGCAUGUGUGUUGUUGUGCAAGAUAAGUUACAAUAAAGAAGAAUCUAAACUUGCCUCAUAGUAUGAAUAAAUGUUAUCUGACAUGCUUGCUAAGUUUGGCUUAAAAUAAAAUGACAAAUUAA